UAUACAAGGAAAGGUUCGGCGCGCGCCAGUCUGGGAGAAGUCGGACCGCAGGGCCCAGGGUUGGGGUCCCAGCUGCGACCCCAGCAGAAGAUGAACGGGACGCAUAGCUGGUGUACACUGGUGGAUGUGCAACCGGAGGGGCAAACCGCGGCCGGCAGGAAGACCUAUGCCAUGGUGUCCGGCCGCUCAUCUGGUCAUUCUCUGGCCUCAGAACUGGUGGAGUCCAACGAUGGACAUGAAGAGAUCAUUAAGGUGUACUUGAAGGGGAAGUCAGGAGACAAGAUGAUCCAUGAGAAGAAUAUUAACCAGCUGAAGAGUGAGGUCCAGUAUAUCCAGGAGGCCAGGAACUGCCUGCAGAAGCUCCGGGAGGAUAUAAGUAGGAAGCUCGACAGAAAUCCAGGAGAUUCUCUCCAUCAACAGGAGAUACAGGUGGUGCUAGAAAAGCCAAAUGGCUUUAGUCAAGGUCCCCUGACCCCACAUAGCAGCCCACCCGAGGUGGACACCUAUAUAGAUGAAGAUGUCGAGAGCUUGAGGAGGACCGUGCAGGACUUGCUUGUCAAGCUGCAGGAGGCUGAGCGGCAGCACCAGUCAGACCGUGUGGAUUUUGAGGUCACACUCAAUCGGUACCAGAGAGAAGCAGAACAGAAUCAGGUGGCCCUUCAGAGAGCAGAGGACAGAGUGGAACAGAAGGAGGCGGAAGUCGGGGAGCUGCAGAGAUGCUUUCUGGGAAUGGAGAUGGAGCAUCAGGCCUUACUGGUGAAGGUCAGGGAAGGGGAGACAGCUCUGGAGGAACUUCGGAGCAAGAAGGUUGACUGCCAAGCAGAACAAGAAAAAGCUGCUAACCUGGAAAAGGAAGUGGCUGGGUUGCGGCAGAAGAUCCACCACUUGGAUGACAUGCUUAAGAGCCAGCAGCGGAAAGUCCGGCAGAUGAUAGAGCAGCUCCAGAAUUCAAAAGCUGUGAUACAGUCAAAGGACACUGCCAUCCAGGAGCUCAAGGAGAAGAUCGCCUACCUGGAAGCCGAGAAUUUAGAGAUGCACGACCGGAUGGAACACCUGAUAGAGAAACAGAUCACCCAUGGCAACUUCAGCACCCAGAACCGGACCAAGACUGAGAACCUGGGCAGCGUUAGGAUCACCAAGACCCCCAGCCCAAAGCCCAUGCCUCUCAUCCGAGUGAUGGAAACAUGAGCUGAAGGAGACAAGAUGCUGCUGUUGCUGGUGCCUCUGGCCUGAGGAGCAGCCCACCACCCCUGGAGGCUGCCGGCCCUGACUUUGACUUCCCGACUGCUCCCUUCAUGGUUCCGAACGCCAGUCCUCUACGCUGGGUGGACGGGGGAUGAGCUCCCCCUCUGGACACUGCAGCCUCUGGAGGCCGGCGAUAUCCUGCCUACAGGACCCAGGGCAGUAGCCUUAUUCCCAUAGUUACUAUUUUUCUCUGUAGCAGAGCCUCCCUUCUGUUGUAGACUGGAGUUUGUAGCCGAGGCCGGUUAUUCUGCCCCAGAAGCCAGGCCCUCCGCAGGUCAGGAGAGGUGACAAGAUCUACCUCAGCCCUAGAGGCUGGAGGCACAGAUGUCAGCAGUGAUUGGAGAGUGGCCCCGGGGCAUGAAGUUCCUUCCUUAAACACAGCUCAGUUCUUAGCAACAAACUGUUUGUUUUUCUAAUUGCUCCACCCUCAGCCCAUGCUGACCUGGGCCUCCUGCAGACAGACAAUGGGGCUACCUGUCAUGGCCUGUGAACCUCAACUUUGACUGGACGGCCUUGUCUUUUGGGGAGGGGGAAUGUCCUUCAGGGAGUAGCUCAUAGCAGAAAGGUUCUGUGAGACCACGGACAGUUACGGGCGACUUCUGUCUGUUGUGAGGACUCCCAGAAUCUCUUAGGGUUUCCCCCUAAGUUGCGGAGCAAGAUACACCUCAUUCUUCUCGACUCAGAGCCUAAAAACUGUUUUCACUGGGUUACAUCAGUCUCAGCGAAGAAACUCUCAUGGUAUUUAUUUUGCUAAGUUAUUGGUGUUUUUGCUUACAACUGAUUAAAUACCAAGAGUUCAGAGUUCUGCAGCCUUCUCUUGCGGUGUUUGGAUUUGCUCUGACAGAGGGAAAAGAGUGUUCCCAGUGGACUUGUCGAUUUCAGAAUGAUGUCAUAGUCUUUUUCUCUCUUUCCUGCUGCUUUUCCCUUCCUCCUCCAAACCUCAGGAAGGCAAGUAUUGAUAUAUUCGCCCUGAAGCAUCUGGGUCUGGGUGUCUGUUGUUUGGGGGAAGAGAGCAAUCAGGAGGGAUUGAAUUCUUUCCUUAACCCCUCUUCACCCCUCUGCUCCACAGUCAGUUUGUUACCCUGGCUCUGAGUGAACCUGCCACUCAUCGAGUUUCUUUAGGGCUCUUCCUGCAGCCUUAAGGAGGAGAUAAGCGUCAGAAUGUGGUACCGUAGGACACAGAAAAAUGAAAAAUAAAAAUUAAGUCUUUAAGUUCUACUUGGCUCAAAACCAGAAGCCUUAAGUCUGUGGUUUCUGUGCAUCAGGUCUGAGCUCCCAUGCUGGCUUUGUCCAUCGUGUUCUGGUGUUCUGGUGUUCUCGCCAUUCCCAUUUGUGAAACGAGGGGGCUGGACCAGAUAAUCUCCAUGAGCCCUUCCAGUUCUGAUAUUCUUUCCUGUGGCAUGUUCUUUGUGGGGUGAAUUUAAUAAAUUAUGUUAAUGUGU